GAAGAGAACUCGAAGAGCACUGAGUGGAGACUAGAGAGGGAGAGAGGGAGAGAGGCAAUUCGUACAGCGAACCGAAUUAAUGGAGGGGGCUUUGGCGUGCUCCGUUUCGCAAACGAGGCUUCAAAUCCCAAUCCCUAGUUUCAGUAGCAACCCCGCUUGUGCCGGCAGUUGCAGGAGAAGUCGAAGAUGUGCAGUCAAAGGGGCGAAGAGCAGCUCCUUGUCGACGGCGAGGCCGACGUUGUCGAGCAAUUGGGACGUCAAGGGCGGCGGCGUCGGCUUCUCCAUCUCUUCCGUCGCUCCGACGGCCCCGUGGUUGCCUAGGUUCGAAGAGCUCGACACCACCAACAUGCUUCUCCGUCAGAGGAUCAUCUUCUUGGGUUCCCAGGUUGAUGACAUGACGGCAGAUUUCAUAAUAAGCCAGCUCUUGUUUCUGGAUGCUGAGGAUCCCACCAAGGACAUCAGAUUAUUUAUCAACUCUCCCGGUGGCUCUGUUACUGCCGGAAUGGGAAUUUAUGAUACAAUGAAGUUGUGCAAAGCUGAUGUUUCAACUAUUUGCCUGGGCCUUGCUGCAUCUAUGGGUGCUUUUCUCCUGGCAUCUGGUUCAAAAGGCAAGAGAUUCUGCAUGCCAAAUGCCCGAGUGAUGAUCCAUCAACCACUUGGAACUGCUGGAGGCAAAGCUACAGACAUGGGCAUUCGAAUAAGAGAGAUGGUGUACCACAAAAUCAAGCUUAACAAAAUACUAUCAAGAAUCUCAGGGAAGCCCGAAGAGCAGGUUGAAUUGGAUACAGACCGGGACAAUUUUAUGAAUGCUUGGGAAGCUAAGGAAUAUGGGUUGGUUGAUGGAGUCAUUGAUGAUGGGAAGCCUGGUCUGGUUGCUCCAAUUGGAGAUUCGGUGCCUCCACCAAAAACACGGGUAUGGGAUCUGUGGAAAAUUGAAGGCAGCAGGAAAGCAAGGAAAAAUUUACCCACAGAGCACAAGAUUUUAGAGAAUGGAUUUACUGGCGGACAAGGAAAUGAUGAUGAUAGGGGUACGGUACAAGAGAAUCAAGCACCCACACCUGUGUAGGGAGUUAAGAUGCUAUGUUAGACACAAGCUGUAAUAUUUUCUUUUGGAAGAAAUUUCAUAAUUAGGUUUCUCUCCAAUCAUGAGGUUUGUGAUGAAGAGAAGGAAAGUUGAUUU